CCAUGUUGCCUCCCAGUGGUUGCUUCGUGCCUGCUUGCCUUUUGCUUGUUCCGGUAUCUCGGUAGAUUCCGUGUAGCUUACAGAAUGCGUUGCUGCUGCUUGAACGCAGUAGCCGUUGCUUUCCAUAGGCCUACUGUCCUCUACCAGUAAAGAGAGCAAGCUAGCCCAUACAUACACCUUUCGUGGCAUGUAAUGCUGGAGGAUUUUACAACUUGAUUUUUUUUCGGACGUAUUUUAAGGACAUCAGCUUCGUAACACGAGUGUUGAGUGUUCCAAGUGGUGCCGUCCUUAUUUGAAUCACGCACUCGGAAAUAGAGGAGACGUCGCUGUUCAUGGAUAUUUGAGUUUUCUGGACUGCUUAUUAGCCAGUGCGCUUGCUGACCAGACGUUACCCCUCGGAUUAGUAGCUAACGUUACCUAGCUAGCGCAAUUCCACAGCAGACCACAAUACUUGCUACGGUGCUAGCUUAUCUACUUGGAUGUAACGUGAACAUUAGCUGACUAGCUGGCUGAUUUUCUUGACCAAGCGGCUUAUUUCCAGACGCAAUUGUCCCUCACUUCAAACCAGGAAGAACAUUUUUGUGCUAAAUAUUCACACCAGCAAACGUUAACGUUACCUCGUUAAAGUUAUUUGCCAGGCAACGUUGACUAUUCAUUUUUCUGCAGCGAAGGUCGGUCGAGUUGGAACCGAUUUAGACCGGCCUGAUGUACUGAAUCUACGGGCUUGAUUUUGGACUGCCUCAACACUCACAAAGAUCCGACAUUUUAAACACCAUUUUUCUCCUUUCUCUUUUUCCUUUUUAAAACCUCAUGUGGUUGUCCAAAUCAAGCGCAGUUGGUUUUAUGAAGUGCAAGACCGUGACACGUUGAUGUGUUUCCUUUGUUGGAUUGCCAGUUGAUGGUAACGUUAACGUUAACUAACGUUAAUUUGGACUGGCUAUCAGUACUGUAAUCUAUUUUCUGUUUGUCUAUUUCGUAAAUCAGCGCAUGCAGUUGUCGGGAUCAGCAAAUCAGGACACUGACGAUUAACCUUAGCGUGAUUAUAAAUUCUGACGUUUGGAAAACUUUUGCAACCCAAUUUUUCACCUCUGUUGACAUGGACACGUACUUGUAAUGUGGGAUUCAACUUGUUGAUCUUUGUCUGCGUGGCUAGCUUUCUAGCUAGCUUGCUAGCUCUUUGGACCUUUUUGAUCCUUGGUCCUCGACCAAAAGGACAGUAAUAACCUCUACUGCUAAAUGUGUGUAUGAUUCUUAGACAUUUUUCUUCAUCCCCGGACCCCUUUUUGAAGAUCCCUGACCAAAAAUGUCAUCCCGGCCUCCGUUACUGACUGUCAUAGAAAACUCGUCAGGUCAGACACACACGGACUCCAAGGGAGGAGGCCGCCCCAGCAUGCCGCGCUGCCGGAACUCUGUUGCCACAUCAGCAGAUGACCCACAUAUCGGCAACUACCGGCUGCUCAAGACCAUCGGCAAGGGCAACUUCGCCAAGGUCAAGCUAGCCCGGCACGUCCUGACGGGGAAGGAGGUGGCAGUAAAAAUCAUAGAUAAGACACAACUGAACUCUUCCAGUCUCCAAAAACUCUUCCGGGAAGUGAGAAUCAUGAAAGUCCUGAAUCACCCAAAUAUUGUGAAAUUAUUUGAGGUGAUUGAGACAGAGAAGACUCUGUAUUUGGUGAUGGAGUACGCCAGUGGAGGUGAGGUAUUUGAUUACCUUGUUGCUCAUGGGCGGAUGAAGGAGAAGGAGGCCCGUGCCAAAUUCAGACAGAUUGUCUCAGCAGUUCAGUACUGCCAUCAAAAGUGCAUUGUACACAGGGACCUAAAGGCAGAGAACCUGCUUCUGGAUGCAGACAUGAACAUCAAAAUCGCCGACUUUGGCUUCAGUAACGAGUUCACGGUGGGGAACAAGCUGGACACGUUCUGCGGCUCGCCGCCAUACGCAGCCCCCGAGCUCUUCCAGGGCAAGAAGUACGACGGGCCCGAGGUGGACGUCUGGAGCCUGGGCGUCAUCCUCUACACGCUGGUCAGCGGCUCGCUCCCCUUCGAUGGGCAAAACCUGAAGGAACUGAGGGAGCGUGUGCUGAGAGGGAAAUAUCGUAUCCCCUUCUACAUGUCCACUGACUGCGAGAACCUGCUGAAGAAGUUCCUUAUUCUCAACCCCUCUAAGAGAGGCAGCCUGGAACAAAUUAUGAAGGACCGCUGGAUGAAUGUCGGUUAUGAGGACGAAGAGCUGAAGCCGUAUCUAGAGCCCGAGCUCGACUAUAACGACCCCAAGAGGACAGAUAUGAUGGUACAGAUGGGCUUUUCCCAGGAGGAAAUCAGAGACGCUCUCGUCAACCAAAAAUAUAAUGAGGUCACAGCAACCUUCCUAUUGCUGGACUACAGAAACUCAGAGUUGGAAGAGAGUGUCAACCUGUCAUCGAAGGCCCGGCCAGGAAGUGACCUCACGAACAGCAAUGCCCCAUCGCCGCCUCACAAAGUACAGCGCAGUGUGUCGUCCUCCCAGAAGCCUCGGAGGGCGACGGAUCAGGGCUCAUAUUCAAAGCGUGCUCAGGGCGACAACAAACACACCACUGAAGACACCGGACGCAAGGGCUCCAGCAGCUCGGCCAAGGUGCCGCCCAGUCCCGUCACUUCCAGUGACCACAAGAAGAGCUCGACCCCCUCCUCUAACUCUAUCCUGUCUACUGGCACAAGUCGCAGCCGAAACUCUCCACUCGCCGAGAGGUCCACGCUCGGGGUCCACAAUGGCAAAGACAGCCUGAACACUCCUGGGUCCCGCGCCUCCACGGCCUCAGCUGCCGCCGUGCUCUCCUCCUCAUCCUCCUCUUCCUCACGCUCCCGACACCACAAGUCCCUGUCCUCCUCCGCACACCCCUGUCCCACUGACCUGCACACACACCAGCGCCCCAGUGCCCCCCCACAAAGGGCUCCUGGCGCAUCCCCCUCAGCCCACAACAUCAGCAGCGCAGCGGCGGGGGACCGUACCAACUUCCCGCGAGGGGUGGCCAGCCGCAGCACCUUCCACGCCGGGCAGCAGCGGGGGGCGCGCGACCAGCAGGGCUCGCCCUACCACGGGACGCCCGCCUCGCCGUCCCUCUCCCACGGCAACAGCCAGCAGAGGAGGCCGGCCGCCUCGGGCAUCUUCAGCAAGUUCACCUCCAAGUUUGUGCGCAGGAGUCCGUAUGAGGCAGAGGGUCGGGAGGAUGGGAGCAGGUCCAUGCUCAGCAGUACGGUGGAUAAGUCCGAGAAGGGCGGAGGAGGAGGAGGAGGCGGCGGCACUCUGGGCUCCGCGGGCGACGAGAACAAGGACUCCUUCAGCUCCUCGUCCCCGGGCAGCGGCACCCCGCCGCCGGUCUCUUCGCUGGCCCCGCCCUCGGCCGGCCCGCCGGGCAGCGGCACCGGCGGCACCGGCACCGGCGGGACGGGCUCGCUCAAGGACCAGGCCAAGCCGCGCUCGCUGCGCUUCACCUGGAGCAUGAAGACCACGUCGUCCAUGGAGCCCGGCGAGAUGAUGAAGGAGAUCCGCAAGGUGCUGGACGCCAACAGCUGCGAGUACGAGCUGCGCGAGCGCUACAUGCUGCUGUGCGUGGCGGGCAACCCGGCGCGCGACGACUUUGUCCAGUGGGAGAUGGAGGUGUGCAAGCUGCCGCGCCUCUCCCUCAACGGCGUGCGCUUCAAGCGCAUCUCGGGCACGUCCAUCGCCUUCAAGAACAUUGCCUCCAAGAUCGCCAACGAGCUCAAGCUGUGAGGAGGAGGAGGAGGAGGUGGUGAAAGGCACGGAAAGAUGGAUGGAUGGAUGGAUGGGUGGAUAGAUGGAGGGAGGGAGUGAGGGAGAGGGUUUAAUGCCUGAGUGGAUAGGAAAAAACUGAACAAGCAGGCUGUGAAGCAAAGAGCAGCACUGCUGUUGCACGGAGAAGUAGUGAGUGCAACAGCCGACUUUUCUCUGACAACUUUUUGUCCGGGAAGAGGAUAGGAAUAUGAUGUAUAGUUUAGUCUGGAGACCCCAUCUGAAGCAGCAUUGAGCGAAAAAAUAAGCGAUUUGUGUUGGUGGGUCCUUAAACACACGAUCUGAGUUUUUUUUCUUUGUUUGUUUUUUUCUCUCUCCAUCCCUUUGUUCAUUCUUUGAGCCCCAAGAAAUUAUUUUGUAUAUUUUCCUCAUUUCCGCUAAGUUUUUUCUUUUUUCUUUUUUUUUCCCUUCGUCAUUGAGCUCAGGCCUGCACUUGGGCAGAGAAUCACUACAUGGGUGUCGGGUGAGCGUGUGGAAGUGGGCAGGAGGAGAGGGACAAGCCCCCCCCCCCCCUUCCCCCCUUCCCCCCUUCCCCACCUUGCAGCGCCUCACCUGAAGCCCUCCCACAGACUGAAACGCCUCAUUGCUGCGAAUGUCCUCGUGUGAUCUCGACGCGCUUAUCAGCGGCCCGGGGGGGGGGGGGGGGGGGCGUCUCUGUGCGACGAGAGCACGGGGAGCAAGCAGAGGGCCGUCUGCCUUCCCUCGUCUCUGCCUUCGCUGUCCCGCACACAAACCGCACGAGCACGCACGCACACACACACACUGACACACACACAGACACACACACAGCACACUCACUCACUCACUCACAUACCACCAGAUCGCCAAAACACCUGAUCACCUUUCAGAUUGUGUGAGCCACAAGGAAGGUGAUUUAGUUUGUCUACUUUGUGUGUGUGUGUGUGUUUUUGUUUUCUUCUUUUUAGCUCUGUCUGCUGGGUUUCACUGGAUCUUUAGAGUUCAGUUAUUUUGCCUUUUAUUUCAUUUUGUGAAUAAGAUGAAUUGAGCAAGAAUCAGAAUGUAUUUCAUAGUAUUAUGGAUGAUUGGUGAUUUGUGGUCUGUUGUUCUUGAGAAGCAAUUAUUACAGUGAUUAUUUAGAUUUUUUUUUUUUUGGAGGGGUUGCGUCACCACCACCACCACCACUAUCACCUCUGAAGAGAAUGUCCGAAGUGGUAAAACAAAAAAGGACACAAAACAAAAAUGAAAAACAUCUCCAUCUUGCCUCUCUUUGCCUCUCCUCGCACGAAAAACAAAGAUGAGAGGGGAGGAGAAACCAACAUCCUUAAAACUCUUGCAUCUCCAUCGCCAUGUCUGUACAGCUCACAGCCCUUUUUGCUGGUCACUUAACCCUUGACCCUCCCCCACCCCCCACCCCCAAACUCCCCCCCAGAAACCCAGGAAUCCCUUCGAAAAAGGACUAGUGACUAGAGGGCUCAAAACUUGACACUUAUCUUCCAAGAGUCCGCGCCCGUCGGCUUCAUCUCCGUUGGCCCCCCUCAGCCUUGGGCCCCCCCCCCCCCCCCCCCCCCCAGCUCCCCACCAGGAGAACCGAGGCUUGUGCUCUGCCUUCCAGUGCAAUGGAUGCCCAGCUGUCAUCAGCAUUAAUGUUGUUGAUUAUUAUUGUUGUUAUUAUAUCACAUUUUGCUGUAAUUGUAUUUUUAUGAAAGAAAAUCUGAGGUUGCGUGCGUGCGUGAGUGUGUGUGUGUGUGUGUGUGUGUGUGUGUGUGUGUGUGUAUGUGUGUGUGAAUGUAAGUGAGAAAGAGAGAGAGAGAAGAAAAAAGAGGGAGUUUGCCACGUGUGCGUGUUAGAGAAAGUGAGAAGAAUGGGGCGACUGCAACCCAAAGACCUGUUUUGUCAGACAUAUCUAUACACAUACUGAUUGUAUGAGAAUAGCGAGAAGACCACAGUGAAAAGUACCAAGCAUCAAGAUUAGAUCACCUUACUACUGGUCACUUCUUUUGAUUAUAUUAUUUUUUUUGUUUUGUUUUUGUUUUUCUACAAUAUUUUAUUGAUCUAGUUUUGGUGUGAUGUUGAAAAAAAAAUAGACAGUAUAGACUGGCAGGGAUAUAAGCACAGAAUAGAGAAUGAGAGGGAUGAUUGGUGGCUGUGUGUGUGUGUGUGUGAGAGAGAGAGAGUGUGUGUGAAUGUGAUGGAUUAUGUGUGAGGUUGUGUACGUGUUCAGUUAUCUGUACAUGCAUGCAUCACCCUCUAAUUCAGAGGUAAAGGGGUAGGUUCAGAAAUGACCUGUCAGAGAUUAUAGUUGGGUGGGGGGAGGGAUAGGCUACCGGCCUAUCAGUCAAACAGUUUUGGGGUACCUGUGCACAACUGUAUAUUUUAUAUCUUCUCUGAUGAUCUUUCUGUUUUUAUUUUCAAUACAUAAUUUUUUUUUUGUUGUACUCUCAAAUGAUCGUUGUCUAUGGUGCUGGGAAUCGUAUUGUUAUAUUAUUGUUAUUAUUAAUAUUAUUUUCUUCAGGGUUGAUUUUUAUUUCAAAAUUUUUCAUUGCUGUAAUUUUUCAAUGAUUUCUGUGUCAGACUCUGAAAAUGGCAAGGGUGAGAGAGAAACGGGGUGUGAAAACAUGUAUAAUUUUUUUGUGCAGAGAUGAUGGUUAUGAUCGAUUCAAUGAUAGUAAUAAAAACAAAUGAUACUAAAAUUCAAAAACAGGUUGCGUUGAUAUUGACGCAAGAAAGAAUGUGAUUCUCUUCUCUUUCAUGACGGUCAGAUGUAAGGAUCUGUGAAAGUGGUAUUGUUCCAUCAGAACAUUGUCCUGAGUAACUUGAAACGAAAUGUCCUCCCAGAAGUUUGGCACCAAAUCGACACGUUCGGUUAUCUCUGUUGUUAAAAUAUCUUCAUGCUGCAUCAUUAUUAAAACUCCAGCAUCUCUGAUCUUUAUAA